CCUCAAAGCAGGAUUGUUUCCUGGUCGUUGCUAGCAACCUGCUGCCUGUAACUUCGUUUGUCCUCAUCUCUCUUAUGCACUGACAGUUUCUAAUUGUGUUGUUUUCAACAUGUGCGCGAGGAUGAAGCCGUAUCGACACUGAGCGCAGCGUGACCCCCCUCCCUCCUCGGCUCCGCGCUGGCCCGGCUGCAUGGUGCUCCGUGUGUCUCUGCCUGCUCUCUGACGCCUGGGGUUGCAGUCUGGCCUCCAGCCGUGUCUGCGAAUUAACUAAUUUCUUAGCGUCGCCUUGCUCUGUUUAUUUUAUGAAGAUGGCUGCAAGGGGGACACUGUAAACUAAAUGACUGUCAGAAACAUCGCCUCCAUUUGUAAUAUGGGCACCAAUGCCUCUGCUCUGGAGAAAGACAUCGGCCCGGAGCAAUUCCCAAUCAAUGAACACUACUUUGGAUUGGUCAAUUUUGGAAACACAUGUUACUGCAACUCAGUGCUGCAGGCUCUCUACUUCUGCCGGCCUUUCCGGGAGAACGUCCUGGCUUACAAAGCCCAGCAGAAGAAGAAGGAGAACCUGCUCACAUGCCUGGCUGACCUGUUUCACUCCAUCGCCACACAGAAGAAGAAAGUGGGCGUCAUCCCGCCCAAGAAGUUCAUCUCCCGGCUUCGGAAGGAGAACGAUCUGUUUGACAACUACAUGCAACAGGACGCCCACGAAUUUCUCAACUACCUGCUGAACACGGUGGCCGAUAUCCUGCAAGAGGAGAAGAAGCAGGAAAAGCAGAACGGCCGUCUCAAGAACAACGGCACCGCUGUCACCGCUGAGAGCGAGAUUGAGAACAAGGCAGAGCCCACAUGGGUUCACGACAUCUUCCAAGGCACACUGACCAAUGAGACGCGCUGCCUCAACUGUGAAACGGUAAGCAGCAAAGAUGAGGACUUCCUGGAUCUUUCUGUGGAUGUGGAGCAGAACACAUCAAUAACACACUGUCUCAGGGACUUCAGUAACACAGAGACUUUGUGCAGUGAAUACAAAUACUACUGUGAAACAUGCUGCAGCAAGCAAGAAGCACAGAAACGGAUGCGCGUGAAGAAGCUUCCUAUGAUCCUGGCGCUCCACCUCAAGAGGUUUAAGUACAUGGAGCAGCUGCAUCGCUACACCAAGCUAUCCUACCGGGUGGUUUUCCCCCUCGAACUGCGCCUGUUUAACACGUCUGGGGAUGCAGUCAACCUGGAUCGCAUGUACGACUUGGUGGCGGUGGUGGUCCACUGUGGAAGUGGUCCAAACAGAGGUCAUUACAUCACCAUCGUGAAGAGUCAUGGUUUCUGGCUGCUGUUUGAUGAUGACAUUGUGGAGAAAAUCGACGCCCAGGCCAUCGAGGAGUUUUACGGGCUUACCUCAGACAUUUCCAAGAACUCUGAGUCGGGAUACAUCCUCUUCUACCAGUCCAGGGAGUGAUGUGGGAGAAGACUGAAAAGGGAAAAUUAUAGUUUUUUUUUUUUUUUACUUUUUAACAAAACAAACUCGGACUCCUUCCAUCUCAACCCUGUCCUGUGCCCCCCACCCCCCUCCGGCCGUCUCUCUGACGUAUGUGCCAAUCCUUUGAACGUCUGGCUUUUAUCUGUGCUUCAUCUCUCUUUCUUUUCCUGUGUAAUUUGACUCCUGUCUUUUAGUCACCUGCAUCUGGACUGCACUUUAAAACAAAAUCAAAAAUGCUCAACAGCAUGAUGGAAACAAAAAAAAGGGGGCGGGUUCAAGCAGGAGCUUGACGUUGCUGCUGGGAGAAGCCCACAGAGGUGAUUCUCUGCCAGGAACAGGAUAAGCUCAACGGUCUGGUGCACAUCCAGGCAGUUGUCACCAUUUUUACUAUAUCAUUUAUAUGUUAUAAGGUCUACUUCCAUGAUGUGCCACCCAGUCAUAAUUCCAUUCAUUAGGGCUAUUUCCCCCCCAUUAAUCUCUAGUUUUUUGGUGUGUUUAUGUCCCUGAUGGAUGUAUGAGAUUAUGGAGACAAACACUGUAUAAUAUGCAGGCGAGACAUUUCAUACAUUUUUAAAGGGUUUGAAGCAAUAUCUGAACUUUUAAUUAAAGAUAACUCACACUAGGAACUACCUAAACUGUAAAACCUUAGUUUGACCAGAUAGAAUCAGAAAUUUUAACACUAUCCAACUGAGUGCAAAGUCUUUAACACUACACAUGAGAAGUCUUGUCUAAAAGAUCGCUUAAAUCAGCUGAAUCUUUAUAUUUUUAUUCAAAUGAAAAACCCCUAUUUAUUAAUCUAAACAUAUUUAUUACAGUUAUUUUUUGACGCUGACUGACCGAUAAUGAAGGUGUGUGUAAAACGCUGUCUAAGCUCCCAUUAUGAAGGACAUGGUGUAUGAAAUACACGGUUUAAAAGGUCACGCAAAUCACUUUGUUCGGUUUUAUAGUAUGCAUGUUAAAUGAAAGGAUAAGAGAUUUAUAUGUUGCAGGAAGUAAACAUCCUACAAGUGAGUAAAAAUGUGGCGAUAUGCUGUGAAGUUGUCCAGUGUGAAAUUUCUUUGUUGGAUUACCAGAUGUUAAUUUAAUUGUCAGUAGCAGCUGGUCCUCUCAGUGAUGUGUGGCUGUGGUCUCACAGUUUAACCCCAUCUUCAACACAUACCUUCUCACUGUUAUACAAUUUGAUUUAUUAGGAUGUGAUUUAUGAAAUGAUAAUGUUUAGGAAUAGUUAAAAUGGCAUAUUACACCGUAUCACUGAAAACUACGGCAAAAAGCGGUGUGAAAAACCAAGUCUAACCUACGAUUCAGUAGCUUGUAGAGCCUCAUUUAGCUGCUAUAACUGGAGUUAAUUGUUUUCUGUAAAACCUUAUCAAUCUUUCUCAGCACUGUGGAGGAAUUUUGGCCCACUCCUCUUUACAACGUUGAUUUAGUUCUUUGAUGAUUGCAGCUUUCCUGAGGUCCCACCAUAAUAUUCCAAUCAGGUUGAGGUCUGGACUUUGAGUCACUUCAACACCAUAAUUUUUUUUUCUUUUUCAGUCAUUCUGUUGUAGAUUUGCUGCUAUUUUUGGGAAAACAUUUCUGUUUUAUUAUCAAGUUUCAGCCUAAUUUUAGCUGUUGGACAAAUUGCUUUACAUUUGACUCUACAUUUGAUUUCCAGAGGAGUUUAUGUCAGUGCAGGUUCUGUGGCUGCAAAACAAGCUCAAAUCAUCCUCCAUUCACCUCUGAGCUCAACAGUCGGUAUCAGGUGUUUGUGCUGAUAUGUUUGGUUUUCACCGAACACGCUGCUGUGCAUUGCCAAACGUCUCAUAUAGUAGGGGUGGGCUUAGUUUUUCACACCAACGUUGUAUUUACCACAUUUUAAGACUCGAGACGGAAGAAAUGAUUGUUUAUGUCCUAAUAUGUAAAACCUGAAAGAGGUUUUAGUUGUUUUUUUUUUCCCUGUGAUUUUUAACUUUUUUUCAACCAUACAUAAUUUUGUAUUUUUAUUAAUUAAUUUGUUUUCUGUUCCCACAUUGAACAACAGCUUAGUAUUUUUCUUUGAUGUAAAGUGUGUGAUAUGAAGCCCAUUUAAUCUAUGAAAUCCCACAAAGUUAAAACUCAAGCAUCCUUGUUAAUACAAUAUCUUUGUACUGUAUGUCUCCUCCUGGCCCACAGGGGUUUUUUUGCUUGUGUUUUUGUUUUUUUUUUGUUUUGUUUUUUGGCUUUUCCCUGUAGAAUAGCUCAACAUCAAACGUGUUUUUAAUGUGAGUGACGAUCCUGUUUGCUGCACAUCAGAGAAAAUUACCAUUUCAAACACAUCUCAUUGUAAAAAAAAAAAAAGGUAGGAGUAGGAUUAUUUGUUGGGUUAGCGCGCGUGUGUGUGUGUGUGUACACACAAGAGGCAACACUGAAAAUGAAUUGGGAAACUUGGGGUGUUGAAUGCACUUGUUUUGUUGUCUGUGAAUGGAAGAACUUUCUGGGGAAAUGUGCCAAACUGGAUCCAGUACUGAUCAGUAACAGUCUUUUCACAGAUUAUUUUCUUUGUAAAGAUAAAACUGUACAUAUAUAUUAUGUAGAGGGGAAAACAAAACUGGAAAUAGGAAAAUAUUUUUUUAAAGUGAAGAUCUUAAUGUAAAGACUCACAUGUCAAAGAUUUCAGCUAAACGCUGACAUCUCUGAAGAAAUACUGUGCUGUCUUACAAUCAUAACUACAUAAUCAGAGCAAUGCGCAGACACCACCAUCUGUCACGUCUUUUUUUUUUUUUUUUUUUUUUCCUUCCUCACCUGCGCCAGAUAAGGAAACGGUAACAGAAGCAUAGAGAGAAAUGGGAGAAGGAAGAGACUCAACUGCACUGAUCUUCCAUUAAAAAAUUAUGCAAUCGCCCUCACUGAGAUGCUCAGUGGUUGCACUUGCUCCUGUGUUUCUAGCUGUGAUGGUGUCCUACCAGAGGGGAGCUCAGGUGCAGAAAGUCCUGCAGCAGGUGGGACCUGACCGAGUCUCUGUGAGGGAAAGAGGAGACGGAUAGGGGUCUCCGAUUGGCGGUUAACUGCAAGUGCACUUUAUUAGUGAUGAGCUUCAAUGCUUUAACAUGACGAACCACAGCCUAACACACUCAUGUUAAAUUUUUUUUUUUUUUUCUGUUCAAUAAAAUGACUAUCAACUGA